GCGGAGGCCCGAGGUUUCCAAACGCUCCGCGGCGCCAUGGGCUGAAAACUAAACCGAGAUGGAAUCUCCCAGUCUGAACCGGUUUGAGCCGGUUCCGAGUCUGUGGCAUUAGGAGGGGGAGACGCGCCGCGCUCAGUCCCUGCUACCACUGCUGCGUUCGCUGCGGUUCAUGCGACCUGUUCGUAGGGAAGCCUGUAGAGGAAACCGCCGCUGCAGCUGAGGGGGCAAAGUUUAGUGCUAGCUGGGGGGGGGGUGGGAAUGGGGAAGAACUGAAUGCUGGCCAGGCCUAGGGGAGGGCGGCAGCAACAGGAGUAGCGAGAGACUGAGCCGCGCGGGCCCGGGCCUGGGCAGCCAGCGACGUGGGAAAGCGAACCGCGGGCUCGCCGAGCCGAAGACCCAGCCUAGGGUCGCGAGCAAGAAACUUCGUUCACCCGCCCCUGCUUUUGAAGGAGAAGGCUGUAAGAAACAACUAGUAAUCUAUGCCAGCAAUUAUGACAAUGUUAGCAGACCAUGCAGCUCGUCAGCUGCUGGAUUUUAACCAGAAACUGGAUAUCAAUCUCCUGGACAAUGUGGUGAACUGCUUAUACCAUGGAGAAGGUGCACAGCAAAGAAUGGCACAAGAAGUCUUGACGCACUUAAAAGAACAUCCUGAUGCAUGGACAAGAGUUGAUACUAUUUUGGAGUUUUCUCAGAACAUGAAUACCAAAUAUUAUGGACUGCAAAUAUUGGAAAAUGUGAUAAAAACAAGAUGGAAGAUUCUUCCAAGGAACCAGUGUGAAGGUAUUAAAAAAUACGUUGUUGGCCUAAUUAUCAAGACCUCGUCUGAUCCAACAUGUGUAGAAAAAGAGAAAGUAUAUAUUGGGAAACUGAAUAUGAUUCUUGUUCAGAUACUGAAACAGGAAUGGCCAAAGCACUGGCCAACUUUCAUAAGCGAUAUUGUGGGAGCAAGCAGGACUAGUGAAAGUCUUUGUCAGAACAAUAUGGUGAUCCUUAAACUAUUGAGUGAAGAAGUGUUUGAUUUUUCCAGUGGGCAGAUAACUCAAGUGAAAGCUAAGCACUUGAAAGACAGCAUGUGUAAUGAGUUCUCUCAGAUAUUUCAGCUGUGCCAGUUUGUGAUGGAAAACUCCCAAAAUGCUCCCUUAGUUCAUGCAACUUUGGAAACUUUGCUACGAUUUCUGAACUGGAUUCCUUUGGGAUACAUAUUUGAGACCAAGUUAAUCAGCACACUAAUAUACAAGUUCUUAAAUGUUCCCAUGUUUCGAAAUGUCUCUUUGAAGUGCCUCACAGAGAUUGCAGGUGUCAGUGUAAGUCAGUAUGAGGAACAGUUUGUAACACUUUUUACACUGACCAUGAUGCAGUUAAAACAGAUGCUUCCUUUAAAUACCAAUAUCCGACUUGCAUACUCAAAUGGAAAAGAUGAUGAGCAGAACUUCAUUCAGAAUCUCAGUUUGUUUCUCUGUACAUUUCUCAAGGAACAUGGUCAACUAAUAGAAAAAAGAUUAAAUCUGAGGGAAACAUUAAUGGAGGCUCUUCAUUAUAUGUUACUGGUAUCAGAAGUUGAAGAAACUGAAAUCUUCAAGAUUUGUCUUGAGUAUUGGAAUCAUUUAGCUGCUGAGCUCUACAGGGAAAGUCCAUUUUCAACAUCUGCUUCUCCAUUGCUUUCACCAAGUCAACACUUUGAUGUUCCUCCAAGGAGACAGCUCUAUUUGCCUGUGUUGUCCAAGGUUCGAUUGCUAAUGGUUAGCCGCAUGGCAAAACCUGAAGAAGUCCUAGUUGUGGAAAAUGAUCAAGGGGAAGUAGUACGAGAAUUCAUGAAAGAUACAGAUUCCAUAAACUUGUAUAAAAAUAUGAGAGAAACGUUGGUUUAUCUUACACAUCUGGAUUAUGCAGACACAGAAAGAAUUAUGACUGAAAAGCUUCAUAAUCAAGUGAAUGGAACAGAAUGGUCAUGGAAAAAUUUGAAUACUCUGUGUUGGGCUAUUGGCUCAAUCAGCGGUGCAAUGCAUGAAGAAGAUGAGAAAAGAUUCCUUGUUACAGUAAUUAAGGAUCUCCUGGGACUCUGUGAACAAAAGCGAGGAAAAGACAAUAAAGCCAUUAUUGCAUCAAAUAUAAUGUAUAUAGUAGGUCAAUACCCACGAUUUUUGCGAGCUCACUGGAAAUUUUUGAAGACCGUAGUCAACAAGCUGUUUGAAUUUAUGCAUGAAACCCAUGAUGGAGUCCAGGAUAUGGCUUGUGAUACCUUCAUAAAAAUAGCACAAAAAUGCCGCCGACAUUUUGUUCAGGUUCAAGUGGGAGAGGUCAUGCCAUUUAUUGAUGAAAUUUUGAACAAUAUUAAUACUAUCAUUUGUGACCUUCAGCCACAGCAGGUGCACACUUUCUAUGAAGCAGUAGGCUACAUGAUUGGGGCACAGACAGACCAGACUGUGCAGGAGCAUCUCAUAGAAAAAUACAUGUUACUACCUAAUCAAGUAUGGGACAGCAUAAUUCAGCAGGCAACAAAAAACGUUGAUAUUCUGAAGGAUCCCGAAACAGUUAAGCAGCUUGGUAGCAUUCUAAAAACCAAUGUAAGAGCAUGUAAAGCAGUUGGCCACCCCUUUGUGAUUCAGCUUGGAAGAAUUUAUUUGGAUAUGCUGAAUGUGUACAAGUGCCUAAGUGAAAAUAUUUCUGCAGCUAUUCAGGCUAACGGUGAAAUGGUAACAAAGCAGCCCUUGAUUAGAAGUAUGAGGACUGUAAAAAGGGAAACAUUAAAACUAAUUUCUGGCUGGGUGAGCAGGUCCAAUGAUCCUCAGAUGGUAGCUGAAAACUUUGUUCCUCCCUUGUUGGAUGCAGUUCUUAUUGACUACCAGCGAAAUGUUCCAGCUGCUAGAGAACCUGAAGUACUUAGUACUAUGGCUAUCAUUGUAAACAAGUUGGGUGGACACAUUACUGCUGAAAUACCUCAGAUAUUUGAUGCUGUUUUUGAGUGCACAUUAAAUAUGAUCAACAAGGACUUUGAAGAAUAUCCUGAACACAGAACAAACUUCUUCUUGCUACUCCAGGCUGUAAAUUCAAAUUGCUUCCCAGCAUUCCUGGCCAUUCCACCUGCACAAUUUAAACUUGUUCUGGAUUCUAUUAUUUGGGCUUUCAAACACACAAUGAGAAAUGUUGCAGAUACAGGACUUCAGAUACUUUAUACUCUACUACAGAACGUUGCACAAAAAGAGACUGCUGCCCAGAGUUUCUAUCAGACAUAUUUCUGUGAUAUCCUUCAGCACAUUUUCUCAGUUGUAACAGACACCUCACACACUGCUGGUUUGACAAUGCACGCGUCCAUCCUUGCAUACAUGUUCAACUUAGUAGAAGAGGGGAAAAUAAGUACUCCAUUAAACCCUGGAAAUCCAGUAAACAACCAAAUGUUUAUUCAGGAGUAUGUUGCUAACCUACUCAAAUCUGCGUUUCCUCACCUGCAAGAUGCCCAGGUUAAGCUGUUUGUAACAGGACUCUUCAGUUUAAACCAGGAUAUUCCUGCCUUCAAGGAACACCUAAGGGAUUUCCUGGUCCAAAUUAAGGAAUUUGCAGGUGAAGAUACGUCAGACUUAUUCUUGGAGGAAAGAGAAACAGCCCUUCGGCAGGCACAAGAGGAGAAACAUAAACUUCAGAUGUCUGUACCUGGCAUCCUUAAUCCACAUGAAAUUCCUGAGGACAUGUGUGAUUGAAAAAAAAAUAAAACCAGUUUUGCAGUUUUCUUUCUGUACAGCUACUUUGUUGUGAUAGAAGAGAACAGCACUUGGAUAUUUGUUGACCAAAAUGAUGCCAAUUUGUAAAUUAAAAUGUCACCUAGUGGCCCUUUUUCUUAAGUGUUUUUUGUAUAAGAAAUUUUCUGUGAAAUAUCCUUCCAUUGUUUAAGCUUUUGUUUGGUCAUCUUUAUUUAGAUUUGCAUGAAGUUGAAAAUAAGGCAUUUUCAAAGUAAUUACUUCAUGCCCAUUUUGUUGCUAAGGGGAAAGUAGGCAAAAUGUAACUUGUGAAAGACUAUAUCACAAAAUAAUACAGUUUCCUGUCAGAGUUACCAAUUUUAUUUAGGGAUCAUUUUCUUUCUAGUCUGUCUUCCAGUCUAGAAGAAAUGGUCACAAGUAAAACAGAUUGAAUUAAUUGUUAAGCAGAGGAUUAUAGUGCUGCAUUUGUUUUGAUGAGUUAGCAGCUUUUGGGACUGGACUGAGUGGUAAGGCUAGGCUACAUGUAUUUGCAAGUUGUAUGGCAAGUUCGCAGCAAGAUCAUGUGCAUAUCAUCAUCCCAUUGUAAAGCAACUUCUGAAGAGUAUGGGAACACAGUACAGUUAGUUAUUUUUACACAGUUCUUUUGUUUUUGUGUGUGUGCUGUCGCUUUGUCGACAACAGCUUUUUGUUUUCCUCAAUGAGGAGUGUUGCUCAUUUGUGAGCCUUCAUUAACUCGAAGUGAAAUGGUUAAAAUAUUUAUCCUGUUAGAAUAGGCUGCAUCUUUUUAACAACUCAUAAAAUAAUUAAAAAAACAACAAACUGGCUUUUGAGAUGACUUAUACUAAUUUACAUUGUUUACCAUGCUGUAGUGCUUAAAGAACACUACUUAAAAGCAAAAUAAACUUGGUUUACAUUUAUUUUUCUUUCUUUGGCUUUAUUCUUUUAUUGGAUGGAAAUGCUGUGAUCACAUCUAAGAUCUGUAUAUUGAAGGUGUAGGAAAAGUUUCUUGAGGUCCAGGUAACUUGCUUCUGGCUUGCCCUCACCUCAAGGACUUUGGCUGUGCUUAAGGUGAACUAAGUUGGAUUUCAUUUGGAAGUAAAAGUAGCUGUUCUGACUUACCUUCAUGAGUAAAUAUUCCAUACUUCAUUUACUGUAAAAUGCCAAGAGUAAGGUACUUGUGCUUUCUUCCUAGAUAGACUCCCUUGCAAUUUACUUCAGAGGUAUUGCACUGUAUCUUGAAUAAAAAACUGAUGAUAGGACAUGUUAACAGGUGUACACAAAAGCUACCAUUAUUUUUCUAUCUGAAGUUUUGUAGUUGAAUCAUUUUAAAAGCUUUACGAAGUGUGGAUACAAGAAGCAGUAUGAACAGUAAGAGUAUGUUCAGAUUUAGCUUUCCUCUUAUUGUAAUGUUUUCUAUUUGCCCACAGUUGAUGAUAAACUCUCCCAAAGUUUUUUCAUUGAUUUGGUCUCUAAUCUGAAGAUUGUUACUGUGAUGCAAAGUAAUUCACAGCCAUUCACAGAGCUGCAAAAGAAGGUUAGACAGUUGUGGAGGUGUUCUAUGUAUGUUUAGAUACUGUUGUUUAACUUUGCUGUAUAUUCCUUCUGAAGUAGAACUGCAUGAGUUACCAGUGUUCAUGAAUUUAGCUAUGACCAGAUGUUUCCAGUCUUAAGUAUUGGCCCCUUCCUGUUGGUGAACAUCUCUCCAUUUGUUUUACUUGACUCUAAAAAAAGGCAAAGCUGCUCCUGUGUGGAGAUUGUUUUGCAAUGUGAAUGUGGUGAGCUUACAUUGCUACUGUUUGGAGAGGAAGUUCCUCAAACCCAUUCUGACUAGGAUUUAGACUACAGUCUACCAAAAUGGUUGUUUUGAUAGUUAAAAAACUCUCCUUCCGAGGCUUGUGAUUUGAGCAUUCCCCAAGUCUUUUGUCCGGUUGAUGUAUAGCAUUCUGUUCCACUUGGUGAAGGUGGAAUCAUCUUGAACAGUUAGUUUAAAAGAUCUGAAGUACUGUCAAAGGAGGGCAUAUCUGUAAAGGACAAAAUAUCUUGUGAACAGGCUGAGUUGCAGCAAUGUAGAGCUACAGAUUUAUCAAAAGCUGUGCAGAGUAUCUUACUGAAAUAAACACCACUCUGUCAGAAUGAUCCCAUGCUGUGAAUUGCAGAAUUAGAUAGCAGCCUGGUUCUGACAUCCUGUGGCAUAAACAGUGUAUUGAGAGUAGUUCUGAACCAAAAAAAUGUAUGUAUGCUUUACUUGCAUAGGACGUUUUCCCAUAUUGAAGAUAGUCUGAUGCUUAUGGUCUGCUUAUUUACUGAAGAGUUUAACCUGACCUAAACUCUCAAACCACAAAUCUGAAAUGUAUUUUUCAAGUUGAUUCAGAGUUGUUUCAUUAAUACUUCUUGGAUUACCUAGUAGGAAAACUUCUAUCUUAAUUUUUGCUUCUUUUAGAUCUAAAACUUUAUUCUUCACUCAUCUUAAGAAUUGGUGCCUUUUUCUGAUCUCUGCAAAUGCUCUAAAAAUGUGCAGAGCUCUGGAUACCAGUAAAGAUUUGAGUUGUGUGUGCAUAUUUCUAAUGCAUUUACCUUGAAUGUUAAAAAUAGUGGAAAUGUACAUUGAAGAAAGUUCUAGUUCUUACGCACACUCUGUAAAUUAAAAUACAUGGAUACAAAGCAUGAACUAUCAUAUAAACAUCUGUGUAACUUGUAAUUAACAUGUAAACCAAUGUUUUGUGCAUAUUUAUAUACAGAUUUUUCAAACCUCAAAAUUCUGUGUACUCCAGGUACAUCCAUAAAUACAAAUACUACAGGGUGUUUUCUGUGUUUACAUAAAUGGAUUGCCUGUUAGCUGAUGAAGACACCCCAAGUACUUGUUUCAGGCUACCAUGAUGUGUUUGCUACUGUAACUGAAGCAGAUUAUUUUCCAAAGCCUUUUAGAUUAGGUUGUUUGGUUUGUUUUUUAACUAGAAUAAUUUGGUGUGUGUUAAUCUGAUUGGAUAAGUGAACUAUUUUCCAAUAAAGCUAAUAUUUAUGCAAAAAAA